CUGGGAAGUGUAGUCUGACCCGGAUUCGGACGCCCCCUCGAAUGAAUGGGGCCUCGGCUGACUGCGAACUACAGCUCCUCCGCCGGCAGCGUUGGGGGCGGCCUCUGAGACAAGGGAGACCGCGACGGCCCCGGGAGAGCAGCGCUCCGGGACGGUGGUGAUGUUCAGCGCCGCGGCGAGAUAGCAGCCGGGCUUCUUGGGGUAGUGGUCUACGCGGGCGCUGCGCGCUCGCUCCCUUUCUCCUGCCCCGGCCAUGCGCCCGGCCUUGGCGGUGGGCCUGGUUUUCUCAGGCUGCUGCAGUAACGUGAUCUUCUUAGAGCUGCUGGCCCGGAAGCAUCCAGGAUGCGGGAACAUCGUGACAUUUGCACAGUUUUUAUUUAUCGCUGCGGAAGGCUUCCUCUUUGAAGCUGAUUUGGGAAGGAAGCGUCCAGCUAUCCCAAUAAGGUACUAUGCUGUAAUGGUGACCAUGUUCUUCACUGUCAGCGUGGUGAACAACUACGCCCUGAAUCUCAACAUCGCCAUGCCCCUGCACAUGAUAUUUAGAUCUGGUUCUCUAAUUGCCAACAUGAUUCUAGGAAUUAUCAUUUUGAAAAAAAGAUACAGUAUAUUCAAAUAUACCUCCAUCGCCCUGGUGUCUGUGGGGAUAUUUAUUUGCACUUUCAUGUCAGCAAAGCAGGUGACUUCCCAGUCCAGCUCAAGUGAGAAUGAUGGAUUCCAGGCAUUUGCAUGGUGGUUGCUAGGUAUUGGGGCACUGACUUUCGCUCUGCUGAUGUCAGCAAGGAUGGGUAUUUUCCAAGAGACUCUGUACAAACAAUUCGGGAAGCACUCCAAGGAGGCUUUGUUUUAUAAUCAUGCCCUUCCACUUCCUGGUUUCAUCUUCUUGGCUUCUGACAUUUAUGACCAUGCAGUUCUAUUCAAUAAUUCUGAAUUAUAUCAGGUUCCAGUCCUUGGUGUGACGGUGCCCAUCAUGUGGUUCUACCUCCUCAUGAACGUCAUCACUCAGUACGUGUGCAUCCGGGGCGUCUUCAUCCUCACCACGGAAUGCGCCUCCCUCACCGUCACCCUCGUCGUGACUCUACGCAAGUUCGUGAGCCUCAUCUUCUCCAUCUUGUACUUCCAGAACCCUUUCACUCUGUGGCAUUGGCUGGGCACCUUGUUUGUCUUCGUUGGGACCCUAAUGUACACAGAGGUGUGGAACAACCUGGGGACCACCAAAGGCCAGCCUCAGAAGGAGGACAAGAAGAACUGAGGCCUGCCUGGAGUAGAGACCAGAGGCUAGUGAGCUGGGGUCUGGCCACCAUUUCACCUUGGUUAAUGCUGAAUUACCCCCCGUGUAUCAGAGGAUCGUCAGAAGGAGGAAUUUCUCUGAUUUCUCAUGACUACACAGAGCGACAUUUGUGGACCCUGAAUAGAAGCCCCUCAACCCUGAAACAGCAAAAAGAGCAGUUCUCCACUACUGAACAGCCUAUCCAUUUGUUAUUUCUGUUUUGUUUAUCAAAGUAUUUAGCACUAUACUUGUUUAUUGAAAUCUGAGUCCCCAGAGCUACUAGUUUUACAUCCAUGGUCUCGGACAAGAUUGCCCCGUUCUGUUGAUUCUCUGCUGUAACAGUCAUUAUCCUCCUGUGGCCUUUCCCCUUGUUCCGUCACCCUGCCACCCACAGCAGCACUUUUCAGUCAGACGCUCCAGGCACCUCCACCAGGAACAACUGAGUGGCCGAGUGGACUGAGGCACUGGUGAUACUGGGGCUGGGCUUUCUCCUGUGUGUUGGGGAAGAAGCAAGUAUCCCUGUGUGCACUGUGACCCUGGGGCAGGACUGGUGGGAAUCCUUUCCCAAGUUUUUCCAUUUUUUGUUUCUGUGCAGAAGUCGUAUGCUUUCACGCCUUUUGCUUUCUGUGCUUAGAACAAAGUGCAGCAUCUCUCUGGCGCAGUGCUAGUAAGAAAAAAAGGUUGUGCAUGAAUUGGGAAAGAGAGACUUUUUCUCUCCGUCUUCUGUUUUCUGAGUCAUUAGCCUCGAGCUGAGAGGGUGACGCCAGGAUGGCCCAGGAGAAACUGGCCCUGGGGAGGGGGCACCCAGAGGACCACGGCUCCCCUGCUAGACCCAGCCAGGCACUCAGGGCUGGUUCCACAUGGGGGAGGUUAGGUCUUUGGAAUGCUUCUUAACCAGAGAAGUUCAGCUCUGCCUGGCAACUUUGAUAGAGUUAUGACCAGUCAGGCUGAUGAGUAAACCAAUGUAUUCAGUGGGUGUAGGUGUGGUGUAUCAGUCAAGCCAAAUCACAAAAUAAGGUAUCUUAAUGUUCUUGAUGGAUAUGGGUGUGUGUGUGUUUUAUUCAAUGUAGAAACAUGCCCCCCUUUUGCUAAUCAUUUUUCAAAGGUCUGGUUUUCCUCCCGUGGGAUGAUUUUGAGAAAGAGGAACA